CUAGCCACCGCCAAACUGACAGCCUUGCAAAGCAAACGAGCCCGCUUUCCUCGUCUACCUCCCCUGCCUCAGCUCCUCCUCUGCUCUGCCUCGCUCCCCGCAGAACACCGAUGAAACCCUAAUCGGCCUCUCCGAUGCACGCGUCCGCGCGCUUCUUCUAUUCCUCCGCCUCAUCCAGGAAGGCCAUUGCUGACGUUUCUGACGCCGUUGCACGGUCGUCCUAUCGGCCUCUCUGUGGGAAGAAGCAUCUGGGUUCUCCCUCUGCUCAGGAUCCACCCAAGGUCCAGAAGAGAUUAACAAAAGAAGAAAGAAGGGACAGGGUAGAGGAAUUUGUUGAGAAUUACAGGGCAUCACAUGAAGGAAAAUUUCCGUCUGCUACAUAUGUUCGUAAGCAGGUUGGAGGGUCCUAUUACGUAUUGUGGGCAUUACUCCAGGAACUGGAGUACAAUUCGAAGCUGAGGAGUGAUGUCAGUGAUGCCUCUUUCAACUCAACCAGAGAUGCCAGGACCAGCUUCGAGGGCAUAAAGGAAGAGACGGAUCUACCCGAAGUCCACAAGAGAAUGACAAGAGAAGAAAGAAUGGCCAGGGUAGAGGAAUUUGUUGAAAAUUUCAGGGCUUCACACGAAGGAAAAUUUCCACAUGCGACAUAUGUUCGUCAGCAGGUUGGAGGGUCCUACUAUACAGUGCUGGCAUUACUCCAGGAAUUGGAGUAUAAUUCAAGACUCAAGAAUGAUGUAAGAAAUGCCUCUUUCAGCUCAGAAAACUUCAAGGAAAAAUACGGGCUCCACAAUAUCGAUCUCUCUCCAAGAGUUGCUGCUACCAACUUUCAGGGUGUAAAUGAAGAAAUGGCUAAAACUUCGGAACCUCUGGAUCUGAAUACUAAGCCACAACUUCCAGAAUGCCAUGGUAAAGCUGGAGCUGCCAAGCCAAAGUUAUCCCCAACAACUUGUUUGGAGGAUAAAAGUGAGCCAAUGGCAUCAGGUCAAACUGAAAACAACAAUGUGGUUAAGGCACAAAACCUCAAGAGCCCUAAGCAUGCGCAUGAAGCAUCGAAGGGGGCAAAUCUGUGGGGCAGCCUGAAAUCCUUUGCUGGUGGACUCAGGAUCUUUUGGAACAAUCUAUCUCCAGGAGGUCCAUUCCUUCCAUCUUUCAGACGACGCUCCUGUCAGCUAUACAAGUCACCAUAGAAGUUGGAGUACUCUGUUUAUUCACCCCUUCAUCCAGUUUGCCUGUGUCAAAAUUAAAUGGAAAUUUUCCUUUAUCUUUUACAGACUUGAUUGCUCAUGUUGUUUUACAUUCAAAUUUGGAUGCUUUGCUACCCACAUAUUGUGCACAAUGGGUUCAGAAUGGCUUCGUCUCAGUCUAUUAAGAUGUUCCAACUUUUUCCUGAUUCAGAUGUAUAUAGACGCAUUUUAGUGUGCUUAUUCACUUAUUUCAA